AAAAAAAAAAAAAAAAAAAAGAAAGGAGAGCAAGAGAUGCAUCGGGUUUUGCGAAAAAAAAAACGGAAAAAGAAGUGGAAGAGAUUUCUAACAGCACGAUCCGGUGUGAACGGUGAAGAUUGAUUGAUUCCAUCAGAUCCCGAGAGAAGCAUCCGGAGAGGAUCUCAGUUCCUGCAGAAUGACUAGACCAGGGCAGUAGUGAAUGCUGCAAUCCCUAAACCCGCUACCGCCACCAUGAGCAGCAGAUCCAGAAACUUCCGCCGCCGCGCCGACGACGGCGACGAUCAAAACGACGACGCAAAUGACACCACAACCGCAGUUAAAUCCUCAUCAAAACCCUCUUCCGCCUCCUCGUCAAAGCCCAAGAAGCCACAGAACCAAGCCCCGAAGCUUCUCAGCUUCGUUGACGACGAAGAAAACGCAGCCGCCCCGUCCCGCCCCGCCUCUUCUUCCAAACGCGAGAAGCCCUCCUCCCGUCUCGGCAAGCCUUCUUCAGCUCAUAAGUUGACGGCUCUCAAAGACCGUCUCGCUCAUUCGUCUUCCGCGUCCACUUCCGUGCCGUCCAACGUUCAGCCACAAGCAGGUACCUACACGAAAGAAGCGCUCCGUGAGCUGCAGAAGAACACGCGAACCCUAGCCAGCUCCCGACCUUCCUCCGAGCCCACCAUUGUUCUGAAGGGCCUUGUCAAACCCACAGACUCAAUCUCCGAUACGCUGAGAGAAGCCCGGGAGUUGGACUCCGAUUCCGACGAGAAGCAUGAGAAGGAAAGGGGUAGUUUGUUUAAUAGGGAAAAGGACGAUGCGGAGGCCCGAUUGGCCUCGAUGGGAAUUGACAAGGGCAAGAGCUCACCUGGUUUGUUUCCUGAUCAAGCCACCAUAGAUGCAAUUCGGGCAAAGAGGGAACGGCUGAGGAAAUCGAGGGCAGCAGCCCCGGAUUUUAUCUCAUUGGAUUCAGGGAGUAAUCAUGGCGCUGCGGAAGGAUUGAGUGAUGAGGAACCAGAGUUUCGAGGCAGAAUUGCAAUGUUUGGGGAUAAGAUGGACGGUUCUAAAAAGGGGGUCUUUGAGGAUGUUGAUGAUAGGGCAGUGGAUGCUGGAUUGAGGCAGGAAAGUGUCGAAGAUGGUGAUGAAGAGGAUGAGGAAGAGAAGAUUUGGGAAGAAGAGCAGUUUAGGAAAGGGUUGGGAAAGAGGGUGGAUGACGGGGUGGUCAGUACUAGUGCUCCUGCGGUUCCUAGUGUGCCCCAGCCAAAGGCUACCUACUCUGCAGUGACGGGUUAUAGUUUGGCACAGAGUGUGCCUGUUGGGCCAAGUAUAGGAGGGGCAAUUGGAGCAUCACAAGGUUCGAAUGUGAUGUCCAUAAAGGCGCAGGCGGACAUUGCUAGGAAAGCUUUGGAAGAAAAUUUCAUGAAGCUUAAGGCAAGUCAUGGCAGAACCAUGUUGUCACUGACUAAGACUGAUGAAAAUUUGUCUGCCUCGCUGUUGAAUAUUACUGCUCUCGAGAAGUCUCUGUCUGCUGCUGAUGAGAAGUACCAGUUCAUGCAAAAGCUUCGCGAUUUUAUCUCUUCCAUGUGUGACUUUUUGCAGGUUAAAGCUCCCUAUAUAGAAGAGCUUGAAGCAGAAAUGCAGAAAGUUCAUGAACAACGUGCGUCAUCUACUUUGGAGAGGAGAAGUGCUGAUGAUGAUGAAAUGAUGGAAGUAGAAGCAGCUGUAAAAGCAGCAAUGUCUAUCUUCAGUAAAGAAGGUAGCAGUGCUGAAGUAAUUGCAGCUGCUAAAAGUGCAGCACAAGCGGCAUCUGCUGCUUUGAGAGAACAAACAAAUCUACCAGUGAAGUUAGACGAAUUUGGUAGAGAUAUGAACCUUAAGAAACGUAUGGAUAUGAAAGGGAGGUAUGAGGCUCGACAACGCAGGAAAGUACGGUAUGACUCUAAGAGACUGUCAUCCAUGGAUGUGGACAGUUCCCAUCGAACAAUAGAAGGAGAAUCAAGCACUGAUGAGAGUGACAGUGAGAGUCAAGUAUACCAUAAACACCACCAGUUGGUGCUCGACACUGCAGGUAAAGUAUUCGAUGAUGCAGCAGAGGAAUAUUCUCAACUUUCAGUGGUCAAAGAAAGGUUUGAAGACUGGAAGAGAGAGUAUGCAUCAAGCUACCGUGAUGCUUAUAUGUCUUUAAGUGUUCCUACUAUUUUCUCUCCAUAUGUGCGGCUGGAGCUUUUGAAGUGGGACCCCCUCCAUGAUAAAACAGAUUUUCUAAACAUGAACUGGCAUUCAUUGUUAAUGGACUAUGGUUUACUGGAGGAUGGAAAUGAUUUGGCAUCAGAUGAUGCUGAUGCUAACCUUGUCCCUGAUCUGGUGGAAAAGGUUGCUUUACCCAUUUUGCAUCACCAAGUUGUUUACUGUUGGAACAUUCUCAGUAUGCGAGAGACAGAGAAUGUAGUUGCUGCCACAAGUUUGGUAACAGAUUACGUUCCACCUUCUAGUGAGGCUCUUGCAGAUUUAUUAGGUGCUAUUCGCACCCGUCUGGCUGAUGCUGUCACUAAUCUUACGGUCCCGACAUGGAGCCCGCUUGUAUUGACAGCAGUGCCAGAUGCGGCACGGCUGGCAGCAUAUCGAUUCGGUAUGUCUGUUCGUUUGAUGAAAAAUAUCUGCUUGUGGAAGGAAAUCCUUGCUUCUCCCAUUCUAGAGAAGCUUGUCAUUGAGGAGCUGUUGUGUGGUAAAGUUCUACCUCAUGUUCGAAGCAUUGCCGCAAAUGUGCAUGAUGCUGUUACAAGAACUGAAAGGAUUGUUGCUUCUCUAUCUGGGGUGUGGGCAGGUUCAAAUGUCACAGGGGACCGCAGCCGUAAGUUGCAAUCGCUGGUGGAUUAUGUGCUCUCGUUGGGUAGGACUCUGGAGAAGAAGCAUUCGCUUGGUGUGACACAAAGUGAAACUGGUGGACUUGCCCGUAGAUUAAAGAAAAUGCUGGUUGAUCUGAACCAGUAUGACAAGGCUAGGGACAUAGCAAGGACAUUCAAUCUUAAGGAGGCAUUGUGAAUCGUUAGAAGCCUGAAGAUUUUCGAGAGAAGCACAAAAAAAUGUCAAAGGUUGCAGCUACAUUUUCUAGCGACUCACUUUAAACAAACGCAAGGUGCAAAUCUCUGACCCAAAUAUCUCUCUCCCGCUUGCGUUGUCGCUGGACAUGAUAUAUGAAACAAAAGAACGGGUCAUCACAAAGUCUAAGAAGAUAAUUCUGUCUUUGUCCCUUUUGCUUUAGUUUACGCAAUGGGGGAGAUGUGCUUUGUGGCAUGAGCUCUAGGAGUUAGGUUUCUUACGAAAGAAAAGAAGAAAAACACUAGGUUCUCAUUUAUUUUCUUCCUCCAACCUGUGAGAAAUUUGGAUGUGAAUUUUUUCGGAGAAGCGAUAUGUGAUCGUUAUAGGAUAUGUUUUACGUAGUUUUCGAUUCCAAUGCCUGUUGUUCUUAUGUAACUUUUGGGAAUCUUCUGCCUUUACCCUGAUGCAAUAGCAAAAUGCUACCAAAGUUUCAGUCAAA